AUGUCACUCGUUUUAAACAUUUUUAUAGUAUACUUCGUAUACUUCCUUCAAACUGUCCUUUCCUUUGACAUAAAUGACCGAAAAAACGUCGCUGUCUACUGGGGACAGAACUCUGCUGGUACGCAACAAUCACUAGGAAAUUAUUGCCAAUCGUCCGAUGCGGACAUAUUCAUCCUGUCCUUCUUGGACAAUUUCCCCUCAAUGGAUUUGAAUUUUGCUGACGCCUGUCUCGAUAGGUUCCCCGAUGGUGACCACGCCGGACUGUUGCACUGUAGCCAAAUUGCUAGCGACAUCCAGACUUGCCAAUCGUUGGGCAAAGUUGUCUUACUCUCGAUGGGGGGUGCGAACGGCGCUUACGGUUUUGCAAGCUCUACUCAACAAGAAAUAGAAGUCUUUGCGGAAAAUUUAUGGAACACCUUCGGUGAGGGUACUGGUGUCACAGAUCGUCCAUUUGAUUCGGCUAGCGUCGACGGUUUCGAUUUCGACAUAGAGAACAACAACAGUGCGGGCUACACCAUUUUGAUAAACAAAUUGAGGCAACUGUUUACUAGCGGCUCCAAACAGUACUUCAUUUCCGGUUCCCCACAAUGCCCAUACCCAGAUGCCUCAACUGGUGAUAUGUUGGCUAAUGCGAAUGUCGAUUUUGCAUUCAUUCAAUUUUACAACAACUACUGCAAUGUAGAAAAACAAUUCAACUGGGACACAUGGCUGAACUUUGCAAGUACGGUGUCUCCAAAUGCGGAUAUCAAGUUGUACCUUGGUCUUCCAGGCUCUCCAACUGCCGCAGGAUCUGGGUAUAUAUCUGAUAUGGCGGCGUUAGCGAAGGCCAUCGAAAACACUGCUCAGUCCAAAAAUUUCGGUGGUGUUUCCUUGUGGGAUGCCUCGCAGGCCUUCAGCAACGAAAUAGAUGGUACAUCUUACGUUCACGUUAUCAAGUCUCUUCUGGAGAAAACUAUGGGCAGCACUGCUACAACUUCCGCAGCAACUACAGCUGAGAGAACCACGUCCACAUUAGCGCCCACAAUUAUUCGCAGCUCCACCAUGACCUCGGCUGGAAUGCCAUUAUCUGAGACUGCUGAGACCACUGUCACAGGUCACACUCAUGCCACCACUGCAAGAGUCCCAAUCACAUUGAGACCAUUCACGACCAGCCAGGAGGAUCUUUCGACGGUCGGCACGACUACACCAUCAACGAUCAGACGUGUGACAACAACGCUUACCCCAACCAUUUCCAAUGAAAACAAGGACGUCGCCACUGAAACUACAACUACCACCAGUGCAGCAACUACUACGAGCUCUCCCACCACAACUACACAACAAGAAGUUACCCACGGUGCUGUUACCACAUUGUUGCCAUCCACCACGAUAGCCACACAGACUCCUGUUACGACCUUUACCAAUCCGGCUCCCGCCGUCACGACGGCUGCUACUGCUACAACCGCUGCAACGACAGUUACCACCCCCACUGACACCCCCACAUCUUCCGCGCACGAAUUUGCCAGGCAAUUAAAUGCCUUGUAUGCUCAGGGACAAUUUGAUGGGAGUGCAACGACAUGUACAGACGGUGCAAUUUCGUGCAGUGUUGAUGGAUCUAUUGCUCUUUGUAACUUUGGCGCGUGGGUUACGAUGGAAUGUGCUGCCGGUACUACAUGUUUUGCAUUUGAUGAAGGCGACGAAGUAUUCACGCAAUGCAAUUUUAUCGAUUUGAAGUCUACCUUCUUGUGA